UUCAGAAGCUUAUCAGUAGUGUUACCUAUCAUCGGAUUUACAAACUUGAUAGGUAUAAAAUACCACCAAAAACUGAUACGAUGUUUCAAUGGCUAUAAAUUCAGUGAAAAUUUGUCGCUUCUAUAAGAAUAACGUAGCAAUGAAUGAUUCUGCUUCGAAGUCGCUGAUCAAUCUUGUGGAACAGCACGAUCGUAAACAUGGGGUCCGAGAAGUACGCAUAGAAUUGCCAUACGGGGUGAUCGCCGGUAAAUGGUGGGGACCAGAAAAUGUACGGCCCAUCGUGUGUUUGCACGGAUGGCAAGACAACGCCGGAACGUUCGAUACGUUGAUUCCACUGCUGCCGAAGGACAUCAGCUUUCUGGCCAUCGAUCUUCCGGGGCACGGGUACUCGUCGCGGAUUGCACAUGGGCUUUCCUAUCAAAGUAUGAACAUUCUAAGCCUACUGCUGGCCAUCAUGUCUGAAUACGGAUGGAAAAAAAUCUCUCUGUUAAGUCAUUCAAUGGGAUCCGUAUUGCAUUAUGUUUUCGCUGCCAUAUUUCCGGACAAGGUCGACCUGUUGAUUUCACUGGACUCCAUCAAACCACAAGUCCAUCCAUUAGAGUUCGUAGUUUCACGCUUGAUAGAUGCAACGGAACAAUUUAUGGUUGCAGAUCUUCGAAACCAGGAAAAAUCUGAACCACCAUCCUACACGUACGAGGAAAUGGUGCAGAGAUUACACGAUGCCACUUUACAAUCUAUUAGCCGGGAAACUUGUCCGUUCCUGCUACAUCGAAAUAUUAAGCCCAGCUCCAAAUAUCCGGAAAAGUAUUACUUUACUCGUGAUAGUCGGUUGAAGCACUUCUCGGGAUUUCCUUUCUCACAGGAAGUCAAUGUAGAGUUGGCUAAACGCAUUACCUCGCCGUUCCUAUUCAUAAAAGCUACCCGCUCGUCGUAUUUUGAGGACAAAAAGUACUAUAAUGAGGUUGUAGAGGUACUGAAGCACAAUAAUCCGCAUUUCGAGAUUGCUACCGUCGAAGGUACUCACCACGUACACCUAACCAAUCCCGAACGGGUGGCUCCAAUUGUGACCCAAUUUUUGCAAAAACAUUGGACUAAAGACGAGGAUGUCACGAGUAAACUGUGAAGGGUGGAUUUUUUCUUCAGUGAGAUUAAAAAUAAGCAAUCAUUUCAUUAAAAAGAAAUUUUUCAUUGAAUUUUGGGUUGAUUAGGAUUGGGUUGAUCGGGUUAAAAAAUAAUGUGUUUGACAAUGAUUUGACAUUAUAUACAAAUA